GAAUCUUCUCACAUCCACCCAUGACGGUUGUACGUCUCUAGGGCUGCAUUAAGAAAUGCUGCAAUCGGUUUGUCUGAGGGGACUUCUCCUGUUGUUGGUGGGAAAACAUGUGUACACAAAGGAGCAAUGCUUAAAAGCUUCUGUAAACUCAUGCGGAGACUGCAUCAAAUCUGGGCCUGGCUGUGCCUGGUGUAAAGAGUUGAAUUUCACCAAGCCCGGAGAGCAGGAAGCAGUACGUUGCGACACUGUUGCUGUGCUGAAAGAGAAAGGGUGCUCAUCUAUAAUAGACCCCCAGAAUAACUUAAACAAAAUUUCAAUCAAGCCCCUGAAGGCUGGCUCUAAUCCAGUACAAAUCUAUCCACAAGAACUAGAGCUGAAUCUUAGACCAGGGAAACCCCACACAUUUACGCUAAAUUUUCAAAGGGCUGAAGGCUAUCCUGUGGACCUUUACUACCUGAUGGAUCUCUCGUACUCUAUGAAAGAUGAUCUGGAGAAUGUUAAAAAGCUGGGAUCAGAUUUACUCAAUGAGCUUAAGAGAAAGACGGGCAAUGCCAGAAUAGGCUUUGGUUCAUUUGUCGACAAGACUCUUCUUCCAUUCACGGACACCAACGAAGUGAAGCUCCAAAGACCUUGUACUGACAAAAGUGAACCAUGUCAGCCAGCCUUUGGCUUUCAGCAUGUACUUUCUCUGACUGCCGAUGGAAACACAUUCAAAGAUAUGGUAGCCAAGCAGCACAUAUCUGGAAACCUGGACCCACCAGAGGGAAGUCUGGACGCCAUCAUGCAAGCUGCUGUCUGCAUGAAAGAGAUCGGCUGGGGAAACAGCACUCGGCUGCUGGUGCUGGCCACAGAUGAUGGCUUCCACAUGGCUGGGGACGGUAAACUCGCUGCCAUUCUGGAACCAAACCAAGGAACUUGUCAGCUGGUCGGCAACAAGUACAGCAAGAGCAACGUCUGGGAUUACCCAUCUGUUGGUCAGAUAGCUCGGAAGCUAGAGGAGCAAAAUAUACAACCAAUUUUUGCCGUCACCAAGAAAAUGGAAAAUGUGUACAAAAGCCUCAGUCAACUGAUCCCCAAGUCAGCUGUUGGAGUGCUUUCUGACGACUCGGGCAAUGUGGUUAAACUGAUUGUGGAUGCAUACAAUAACUUAACCUCUGAAGUGAUUAUGGCCCAUGAUUCCCUCCCAAACUUCAUAUCUAUAAAAUACACAUCCAACUGUACAGAUGGAGAAAUGUUCAGUGACAGGGGGAGAUGUGCUAAUGUGGCUAUUGGACAGAAGGUGGCUUUUGAUGUUACAGUGACAGCAGAGAGAUGCAUUAAAAACCAGACGUUCCACAUUGGGCCCUUGGGCUUUGGUGAAAAACUAAAGGUGACCGUUUCAACUCGAUGCGAGUGCGAGUGUGACGAUACAAAUAAACCUCAUUCUCACUGCGGGAAUAAUGGAGUAGUGGUCUGUGGCGGCUGCAAGUGUAACCAGGGUUACAUAGGGCAGCGUUGUGAGUGCAUGAUAGGCCAAAAAGAUGAAGCCUCGCUGAGAGCUCAGUGCCGGAAAGACAACGGGACGGAGUGCGAGGGAAAAGGAGACUGUGUGUGCGGACGCUGCCAAUGUCACAUCACAGAGGGCAACAGCCAAUACUACGGCGAAUUCUGUGAAUGUGACGAUGAGCACUGUGAAAACUUCAAUAAAACACAGUGUGCAGGUCAUGGCAAAUGUAAAUGUGGUAAAUGUAAGUGUCACGAAGGCUAUGAGGGAACGGCGUGUCACUGCGCAAUAUCUGAUGUGGCCUGCAAGACACAAGGAACCGUGUGUUACAACCGUGGCACAUGUGUAUGUAACCAGUGUGAAUGCCAGAGGGGAUACAAGGGGCCCUACUGCCAAGUAUGUCCUACGUGUCAAGCCCCGUGUCAACAAUCAGCGAGUUGUGUUGAAUGUUUGGCCUUUGAAAGCGGUCCGUUCGAGAAGAACUGCUCAAAAGCAUGCGGUCACCUUAAAGUCAGCAUGAUUGAAAAACUGAUCAAGGGCGACUGUCGCGUCAAAGAUAAAGAAGGGUGCUGGAUGACAUUUACAAUGACUGAGCAAGAAGGAUUUGACAAGUACUUGGUCAAUGUCCUAAAAAGCAGAGAUUGUCCCGAAGGGCCAAACAUAGUGGCCAUCGUAGGAGGAUCUCUGGCUGGUGUAGCUCUGAUUGGACUCCUGAUCCUCCUCAUUGUCAAGGCAUGCCUUUAUGCAAGCGACCUUAGAGAAUGGAGAAGAUUCGAAAAGGACAGGAAACUUGAAAAAUUAUCCGGUACCAAUCCAUUAUUCCAGAACGCAACCACCACAAUUCAAAAUCCAACAUUUUCCGGAGAUUCUUAAGGAAACUUCAUGUCACAGAAAGGAUGUGUACAUUUAAUCUAUGGAUCUGAUCCUGCAAUAAGAUUGCUCUACCUUUUAAUGACCAGCGUGAUUUGUUUGUAAAAUGUGGUUCUAGCACACUUUAUAUAAAAUCAUUUUCAUCCAUUCUUAAAUGUAAACACUUACUCAUGAGGAACAUAGGUUGGCUUCUCCAAUUAUUAACUCAACAAAGCAGUAACCUGCAGUGUUUGCUUAGCUUUUCAUUCCCUUGACGUUCUCUUUAUUGGCCCUGAAUUGUUCAUUAAUUCCAGUUUAUGUGUGUGUUUGUAUAGAAGCACCCUGUAAAGUCUCUUAAAUAUUAAUAAACAUAUUUUAUC